UAGUGGGCUCACGCAUGUUAGUACACCAACAAGAAAGCUCGCUAAUAACGUAUCAAUGACGUUUGGGUAAUAUAGGUACCUACCUAGCUUGCUAAAUAAGGCUUUUAAUCCAUCAACUACGUUUCACCACAACAAUUGGUACACUGAUUAAAAGCGGCUAACCUAGACAGUUUGCUUUAACUCGGCGUGAUGUUAGCUUUCUAGUGCUAGCCAACCUCUGUCUAAUUCCAUUCACGUAACUGGGAGAGCUAACGCCAGCUCGUGGCUAAGGCUAGUUAGCUAGGCUAGCUACAUAUUUUGUUUACUGUUCGCAUUAACUUUCCUUUUGCUAAAUUCUGAAUUACUAAGAUAUUUAGGCAGAUUAGUUCACUCUGCGGUGUGCGCUGUUGUUAGCAGCUAUAUGUAUUCUCUGGUUUUUUUUUUACUUUAAAAUUACUUCAGGUUUGACGCUAUGGAGAAGGACGCGCGGGUGAAAAAGACAGCCGCGCCGUCGGUGUCUCAGAUCAACGCAGAAUAUGUUACCCAGCUCUCAAACAGAUACUGGGCUCCCCAUGCCAAGAAUAAACUGCCAUUUGAUUCUGAGGUCAUUCAAGACGUGUAUCAGAAUGAGAUUCUCAAAUCAAAAUUUGCAAUAAGAAAAAUCAUGCUGUUGGAAUUCAGCCAGUACCUUGAGAAUUACCUGUGGGUCAACUACAGCCCCGAAGUGUCCAGUAACAGCUAUCUGAUGUCUAUCUGCUGCAUAGUAAAUGAGAAAUUCAGAGAGAAUGUACCUGCUUGGGAGGUUUUUAAGAAAGUGCCUACCCACUUCCCCUACUUCUUUAAGUGUGUAAUGGAGGCGUGCCUAACAGGGGAUCAGCUUGGCCUAUCCCUACGGGAACAGACAGUUCUGCUGCUCUUCCUUGACCACUGUUUCAACAGCCUGGAGGUAGAUCUCAUUCGAGAACAGGUGCAGCAGCUCAUCUCUCUGCCUAUGUGGAUGUGCCUCCUACCGUCAAGACUCCAGCAGGAACUCAAGAAAGUCCCCAAGUUGCAGAAGUUCUGGAACCUCAUAAAGAAGAAUUAUGAGAAAAUGGACUUGAAGGCAGCAGAGCAGGCCAAAAGGGAGAGAACCUUCCUCUCUGCCCUCAUAAAGAAGUACCUCGCUGUGCUCAUGUCUAUCCCUCCAUCAGGCCCUAUCGCUAUGGAGAAGGUGCACUACUGCGAGAGGUUCAUAGAGCUGAUGAUUGACCUGGAGGCUCUUCUCCCGACCCGCCGCUGGUUCAACACAGUGCUGGACGACUCUCACCUGGUGGUCAGCUGCCACCUGUCCAGCCUCAUGCAGAGAGAGAAAGAGGGUCACCUUUUCUGCCAGCUGCUGGACAUGUUAAAAUUCUACACUGGCUUUGAGAUCAACGAUCAAACUGGGAACGCCCUCACCGAGAAAGAGAUGACCACACUCCACUAUGACAGGAUCACCUCUCUGCAGAGAGCUGCUUUUGCCCACUUUCCUGAGCUGCAAGACUUCGCCCUCUCUAACGUAGCAGCCGUGGACACUCGGGAGUCGCUCACCAAACAUUUCGGCGAUCUCAGUUCCAAUACCCUCCACCGGGUGGCAUCAUACCUGUGCCUUUUGCCAGAGCUUCUAGAAGGAACCGACACGUCCUAUGACAAAGAGAUUCUCUUGGAGCUUCUGGUGUCCCGCCAUGAGCGAAGAAUCUCCCAGAUCGAGCAACUCAACCAGAUGCCUCUUUAUCCAACUGAGAAGAUCAUUUGGGAUGAGAACAUUGUUCCCACUGAAUACUACUCAGGCGAAGGCUGUUUGGCUCUGCCAAAGCUAAACCUGCAGUUCCUCACUCUUCACGAUUACCUGCUGCGGAACUUCAACCUUUUCCGUCUGGAGUCCACCUAUGAGAUCAGACAGGACAUAGAGGACAUUGUCUUGCGGAUGAAGCCAUGGCAGUCGGAGUAUGGUGGAGUGGUGUUCGGCGGGUGGGCCCGAAUGGCGCAGACCGUUGUGUCCUUCUCCAUUGUGGAGGUGGCCAAGCCCAACAUCGGAGAGAACUGGCCGGCCCGCGUGCGGGCGGACGUCACCGUCAACCUCAACGUGCAGGGUCACAUCAAAGCCGAGUGGGAGGGCCUGCGUAAGCAUGACGUCUGCUUUCUGAUCACGGUGCGGCCCAUGCUGCUUUACGGCACGCGCUUUGACCGUCGGCAGCCCUUCGUGGAGCAGACAGGCCUGGUGUACGUGCGGGGCUGCGAGGUGCAAGGCAUGCUGGACGAGAAGGGCCGCGUCAUCGAGGAAGGCCCUGAUCCAAAGCCCAAACUGAAAGGUGACUCGAGGACAUUCCGGGUGUGGCUGGACCCCAAUCAGUACCAACAGGACAUGACCAACAGUAUCCAGAAUGGUGCAGAGGACCCCUAUGAGACCUUCAACAUCAUCAUGCGGCGCAAGCCCAAGGAGAACAACUUCAAGGCUGUGCUGGAGACUAUCCGUAAUCUAAUGAACACCGAGUGUGUUGUCCCUGAUUGGCUGCACGACAUCAUCCUGGGAUACGGUGACCCUGGGAGUGCCCAUUACACCAAGAUGCCCAAUCAGAUCUCAUCUCUGGACUUCAACGAUACAUUCUUGUCCAUUGAUCAUCUUAAGUCCUGCUUCCCAAGUUACAUGAUCAGCGUAACAGUGGAAGAUCCAGACAAGCAGGUCCCUCCAUUCAGAAUCAAGUUCCCUGUACAGAAUGCGAAGGGGAAAAGGCGGAAAACUGACAUUGAAGAACAGAAGGAGGGAGAUUGCACACUCAUAGUGGAUCCCCAUGUGAUUCCAAACCGGGGACCUUACCCUUAUAAUCAGCCCAAACGGAACACCAUCCCUUUCACCCCGACUCAGAUCGAGGCCAUCCGUGCCGGCAUGCAGCCUGGUCUUACCAUGGUGGUGGGCCCCCCAGGCACAGGCAAAACCGAUGUGGCCGUGCAGAUCAUCUCCAACCUGUACCACAAUUUCCCGGAGCAAAGGACUCUCAUCGUGACUCACUCUAAUCAGGCGCUGAACCAACUGUUUGAGAAGAUUAUGGCCCUGGACAUCGAUGAGCGCCACCUCCUGCGUCUGGGCCAUGGAGAGGAGGAGCUGGAGACUGAGAAGGAUUUCAGCAGGUACGGGCGUGUGAACUACGUGCUGGCCCGCAGACUGGAGCUUCUGCGGGAGGUGGCGCGCCUGCAGGAGAGCCUGGACGUCCCAGGGGAUGUGUCCUACACCUGCGAAACCGCCGGCCACUUCUACCUCUACCAGGUGAUGUCUCGCUGGGAGGAGUACAUGAGCAAGGUCAGGCGUAAGCCGGGCCAGGAGGUGACCCCGCAGGAUGUGGCCUCACACUUUCCCUUCCAUAAGUACUUCUCCAAUGCACCCCAGCCUGUGUUCAAGGGCAAGACAUACCAGGAGGACAUGGACAUAGCAGAAGGCUGCUACCGACACAUCCGCAAGAUCUUCACCCAGCUGGAGGAGUUCAGGGCGUUCGAGCUUCUGCGCAGUGGCCUGGACCGAUCGAAGUACCUGCUGGUGAAGGAGGCCAAGAUCAUCGCCAUGACCUGCACGCACGCCGCCCUCAAGCGUCACGACCUCGUGGAGCUGGGCUUCAAGUACGACAACAUCCUGAUGGAAGAGGCAGCUCAGAUCCUGGAGAUUGAAACCUUCAUUCCUCUCCUGCUGCAGAACCCAGAAGACGGCUACAGUCGCCUGAAACGCUGGAUCAUGAUCGGCGAUCACCACCAGCUCCCGCCCGUCAUUAAAAACAUGGCCUUCCAAAAGUACUCCAACAUGGAGCAGUCGCUGUUCACACGUUUCGUGCGCCUGGGCGUGCCCACGGUGGACCUGGAUGCCCAGGGCAGGGCUCGGGCCAGCCUGUGCAAUCUGUACAACUGGCGCUACAAGCAGCUGGGGAACCUGCCUCAUGUCCAGAGGCAGCCUGAGUUCCAGGGACCCAACCCGGGCUUGACUUACGACUUCCAGCUCAUCAACGUGGAGGACUUCAACGGAGUUGGCGAGUCUGAGCCCAACCCUUACUUCUACCAGAACCUGGCCGAGGCUGAGUACUCCGUUGCGCUGUUCAUGUACAUGCGUCUGCUUGGUUACCCGGCAGAGCGCAUCAGCAUACUGACCACAUACAACGGGCAGAAGCACUUAAUCCGUGACGUCAUUAACCAGCGGUGUGCCAACAACCCCUUCUUCGGUCAGCCAAGCAAGGUGACAACAGUGGACAGGUUCCAGGGUCAGCAGAAUGACUACAUCAUUCUCUCACUGGUGCGCACCAAAGCCGUGGGACACUUGAGGGACGUUCGUCGCUUGGUGGUGGCCAUGUCCAGAGCCCGUCUGGGCCUGUAUAUCUUCGCCCGGGUCUCCCUCUUCCAGAACUGCUUUGAGCUGACGCCAGCCUUCAACCAGCUCACCGCCCGGCCGCUGCAGCUGCAUAUUCGCCCUCACGAGUACUACGCCUCGACUGAGGAGCGCUCCAACCAGCCUGAUCGAGUCAUACAGAGCAUGCCUGAGAUGGCUAACCUGGUGUACAAUAUGUACAUGCAAAUGAUACAGAACAGCCAGCAGUACAGACAGCAGCAGCUCCUGCCCCCACCUCGCCAGGUGCUGGCAGCCGAAGAGCCUGACGUGGAUAUGCGGGAGGGGGAGGAGCGGGAUGAGGGGACCGAGGAAGGCCAGAACGCAGAGAAGACUGAGGACGCAGGUGAUGAGGCAGAGGCGAAGAUGGAGCAGGAGCCCAGCGUGACGGAGCAGCAGGUGGAGGAGCAUGCUAAAAUGCCUGAACACCCAGGUAGAGACAGCGACAGUGGGGACAGUGAGGAGGAGGAGGAGCCUCAGAAUUAGCCCAGUCGCAGUGAUUCUGAUUGGUCAGUCUGCCAUUCCAUCCACCGGAGAGGAUUGGUUUUGUCUUUAAUUUCCUACCGUUCUGAUUACUAUUGAGAAAUGGGAUGAUAUAGAGUGAUUAUUUUGCCUUUUGUAACUUUUGUAGCAAAUGAUCUUUUGUAAUAAAAUGAAAUGGUAAAAUCAG